AAGAAUGCCAGCUUGUCUCUCGUCCAUGGACUCUGUUUCGUCUCUGUUUCUGUCAAUAGCGACGACAUAUAAAGAAUGCUCUUAAUGGGCUUUGGAGAACUCAGGAGAGAGUUACCAGUUGCUCCUCUGUUUCGUCAGACAAAGGAAGAGCCUUUCUAUUCUCUAUCUAUGGCGGAUGCUCAGGGAGAUGAUCUAGCUGAAUCGCUACAGAGUCUGUUCACGAAUAUAUCAUCCAUGGUGAAAUCCGAGCUCCAGGGAACGAACAAUCAGAUGGAUCUGUUGGAGAAGAUGAACGUGAGAGUUGCGGCCGAGUACGAUGAUUUGGGUGACGUGGCGGCUGGGCUCAGAGUUUUUGCGGAGCAGAUGAAGUUGAAAAGUGGCGGCUUUGAUGAGUUCGUGGGACAGAUGGACGCGAUCGAGAAACAAGUGUCCGAGUUUGAAGCUGUCGUCUCUGUUCUUGAUAGGUACGUCUCUGUCCUCGAAUCCAAUAUUCGAGCCUGAGUACAUUCAUCAUCGUCGCUCCAAUAAGUCAAUGACUAUCUUACAGAUUGAUUCACCAUUCUUUGUGGCUUUUUUUUUUUUCUCAAACGCUACUGAGAUUUGAUGAAAGCUGUUAUCUCUGUUCCAUUCAGUUGUCACAUUAUUUGAAUUUGGCAAAACUCGACUCGUCUCCAUUCAGUUUAAGUUAACCAAACUGUUAUUGUUGUUAAUUACAA